AUGGAGGAGUUAACCUCCAGCCACAUCCUCAGCCUUCUUCUCUGCUCGUUCUUAGCCCUUUCUCCCAUAGCCUUUGCUGCUGAGGUCACUGACACGCUCGGCAAGGGCCAGAAUGUCAGUGAUGGCGAGACACUCGUCUCAGCCGGUGGGUCAUACACCCUGGGGUUCUUCUCCCCUGGGGUGGCUGCCAAGAGAUAUCUUGGUAUAUGGUUCACCAUGUCCGAGGACGUCGUCAGUUGGGUAGCCAACGCUGACCGUCCUCUCACUGACGCUUUUGGGGUGUUGGUGAUCAGUGGCACCGGAAGCCUUCUCCUGCUGGAUAGCUCCGGUCAAGUCGUGUGGUCUUCAAACACGACGGGCACCGGCUUCAUGACAGCGCAAUUGCUCAAUUCGGGCAACCUAGUCUUGAGCGACGGAAGCGGAGGUGCCGCCAUGUGGCAGUCGUUCGAUCACUUGUCGAACACGCAGCUUCCCGGCAUGAAGAUCGGCAGGAACCUGUGGACCGGUGCAGAGUGGCGGCUUACGUCGUGGCGUUCGCUGAACGACCCUUCCCCAGGUAACUUCCACUACACGACCAAUUUGGAAGGCGUGCCGCAAAACGUUCUCUUGGACGGUGAUAAAGUGAUAUACCGCACCGGACCAUGGAACGGCCAAUGGUUCAGCGGUGUCACGGAGAUGGCCACAUAUUCUGACAUGUUUGCCUACCAGUUGACAAACACCCCAAGCGAGGUAACCUACGGUUAUGUCGCCAAGCCUGGAGCACCCUUGUCACAUCUACUGCUCACCCACGACGGAGUAUUCCGGCGCCUAGUGUGGGAGCCGAGCAGCCGAGCAUGGAAGGUCUUCUUCCAAGGGCCGAGGGACAUCUGCGACGACUACGGGAAGUGCGGCGUAUUUGGUAUGUGCAAUGCCAAUGCGCCGUCGACGUCAUUCUGCAGCUGCAUCAAGGGGUUCAGCCCGACGUCUCCGGUGCAGUGGAAGAUGAGGGGCACCUCCAGUGGAUGCCGCCGAAACGUGAUGUUGGACUGUGGCAAUGGAACUUCCACCACAGAUGGUUUCGUGGUGAUGCACGGAUUGAAGCUUCCCGAUACGCGCAAUGCGUCGGCGGAUGCAAGCAUCACGUUGGAAGAAUGCAGCGCGAAGUGCCUGGCGAACUGUUCAUGCCUAGGCUAUGCAGCAUUAGAUAUCCGGGGAGGAGGCGUUGGAACUGGGUGCAUCAUCUGGAAAGAUGACCUCAUGGAUCUGCGGUAUGUAGAUGGAGGACAAACCCUCUAUCUAAGAUCUGCCAAGUCUGAAUUAGCUGAGGUGCGGUACCCAGCAUUUCCAACUGGGCUUAUUAUUGGUGCAUCAAUAGCCUCCCUUGUCAUGGUUCUCUUUGCUCUUUGGUUGUUCGCUGUUGUGAGGAGACGACGACGGGAAUCAAGAAUAUCAGUAGACAAUGCCCAGGGAGGUGCAAAUGGGGCUGGUGCUGAUACUCGCUCCAAUCCUGCUUUGACUGUCCAGUCCGUCCGUGCAGUUGGUCUUCCUACUAUAACAGAGGCUACAGGAAAUUUCUCUGAAGCAAAUAUCAUCGGUGAGGGCGAAUAUAGUGUCGUCUAUAAGGGGCAGCUACACGAUGAUACAAUAGUUGCUGUGAAGAGGCUGAAACACUAUCGUCUUACUAAUAAAGGCAGGGAACAUUUCUCAAGGGAAGUGGAAAUGAUGUCAAAGCUCAUGCAUGCCAAUCUUGCUAAGCUCCUCUGCUAUUGCCAGGAAGGAGAUGAGUGGAUAUUAGUCUACGAGUGGAUGGAGCGCCAGAGUUUGAAUCUCUACGUUUUUGGGGAAGAAAAUGGAUUCCGUUUCUCACUGAAUUGGGGGCAAAGACUGGGAAUAAUUCGUGGGAUCGCCGUAGGUGUUAAAUUUCUUCACGGAGAAGGAUUCAUCCACAGGGAUCUAAAACCUGGCAAUAUACUUGUCAGUGACACGUGGCAUCCCAAAAUAGCGGACUUUGCCACCGCGAAGCUGUUUAUCGACGAGGAGACAAAUCCGACAUUAGUACUGACGCCGGGAUAUGUCGCUCCGGAGUAUUCAUCGGAAGGGGCCCUGACGUACAAGUGUGAUGUAUAUAGUUUUGGAGUCCUGUUGUUGGAGAUAGUCAGUGGAAAAAGGAGAACAAGCAUUCAAACUUUCCUUCUUCAUGCCUGGGAAUUGUGGAAUCAACGCAAGAUCAGGGAGCUUCUUGAUCCACAAGUGGGUGAACCUAGAGGCGAGGUCUUGUCAGGGCUAGCCAGAUGCAUCCAGAUUGGCCUUCUCUGCGUGCAGCAUUUGCCUGAGCACAGGCCUUCAAUGCCUGAAGUUGUGGCAAUGCUAAGCGGCACCGGCUCACAGCUCCCUACGCCAUGCAAACCCACACCAAACAGCGGAGCAGUACCCGGCACACAACCCGGACCGAGGCAGACCUUCUUACAGUGGCUAUUCCACUCAUGUGGCCGUGACUUCGCGAGCCCACGCAUGGUAGCUACGGUGUAG